CCUGUUUUGGUCACUCUACCUUAACAGAAAUUCAACAACACUCUUUUAUUCGUCAUUCAACUCGACGCUAAAAAGUGUUUCGGGAAUUCCUAUUCCAACCGGAAGUGGUUAGUGCACUAGAACUCAAUUUUCCCUUAAUUUGCGAACUGAUAUCCAAUCCAGCAGCAGCUUCAAAAUGGCCCGCGGACACCAGAAGAUUCAAUCGCAGCAGAAGGCUCAGGAAAAGAACGCCAAGCUGAAGAAGCAACAGGGUCACGGUCUGAGCGAUCAGAUGAAGGCCGCCCAGAAGGCGCUGGUGUUCUCGUGUUCCGUGUGCAAGUCCCAGAUGCCGGAUCCGAAAACCUACAAGCAGCACUUCGAGAACAAGCACCCGAAAUCGGAACUGCCAGCGGAGCUGAAGGACAUUUAACCCGAUCCGCGCCCUUCGUAGCAUCUGGACGUGUCCCAUUGGCGGUAAGAGGUAGUAGAGGGAAAGGUUUACAAGAUUGAUUGGUUCGAGAUAGGGGGGAGAUGACGGCACGAAUUCGGAUCACAAAUGAUUCCAUAUUUUAGAUUUUUUUUUCUUCAUUUAUUAUUCUUUCAUGGGAUUUCUUUCGCUGUCUUCAAACCAGAACAUUUUCGCUUUUGAUUCAAUACUGUAAUGUGUAAAUAAUAUCAGAGAGCAGCCUAAAGGGGAAAGCUACUACCGGAAGUACCAUUUUUUUAAUUCACCAGUAUGCUUGAUUUACGUGCUUAAUCAUGAAAGUAAUAAAUCUUAAGUUUGAAUAA